GUAAACACAAAGCCCAAUCUGCAAUGAGAACUUAUAUUUACUGAAAUACAUUUAAAAUAAUUUAAUGUGAAGAAUAUCUAUUUAAAAUAUCAUAUUUUGGGUCAUAUAUUAUUAGUCAGUAACAUUUAAUUCCCCGACAAGUCGGUGCUAUUUAUACCGGAAGUGACUACUGCUUGUUUCCGGCCUGUGAAAAAGAGGCUCCUUUUUUUCCAUCCUGGUAUUUGGCUCAUCCUGGUCCCUGCGAAGUGCCCGGACCCAAAACAGGAAGCUGAGCAUGAACGCAGGAGAUGUCUCGGGCUCCGUGGCUUUGGACUCUGUCAGUUCUGUCACUUUCACACAGGACACUGACGGCACCAUCAUCCUGCACUGUGCUCAGAACGAUGACGGGCCGUUGGGGCCGGACGAGGAACACGAUCCCAUUCAUAAACGGUUGCGUUUGUCCAGCGAGGAGACAGACGACCCCGCCUCCACGCCGUCUGCUUACUCGGUCGUCGCACUUCCACUUUCGGAGCGCGAGGAGAGCUUCGAGGUGACGAUGACGGCGACGGAAAUGAACGACGAUCUGGAUCUGGAUCAGGACAGCGGAGAGCAAUCGAAGCAGGAUGAGUUGUCCUCCACACGUAAAACUAACGACGUGACGGCAGUCAGCCAAGCCUGGUUUACGACGAAAGAGGACAAGAACACGUUAGUGAACAAAGGUCACAAGUGGAAACAAGGGAUGUGGUCGAAGGAGGAGAUUGAUAUAUUGAUGAGUAACAUUGAAAACUACCUCAAGAACCGGGGGAUUCAGGACCCUUCAGAGAUCAUCUUUGAGAUGUCAAAAGAAGAGCGAAAGGAUUUUUACCGUAGCAUCGCGUGGGGUUUGAACCGUCCCCUGUUCGCAGUUUACAGACGCGUGCUGCGCAUGUAUGACAAUCGCAACCACGUAGGCAAAUACACGCAAGAGGAAAUCGAUAAACUGAAAGAACUAAGGCAGAAGCAUGGAAACGACUGGGCCACCAUCGGGGCAGCUCUCGGACGCAGUGCGUCGUCAGUGAAGGACCGUUGCAGACUCAUGAAGGACACGUGCCAUACAGGUAAAUGGACAGAGGAAGAAGAGAGGAGGCUGACGGAGGUUGUGCAUGAGCUAACAGGCACCGAGGCUGGUGAUGUGGUGACUCAGGGCGUGUCCUGGGCAUCAGUGGCUGAUCUGGUUGGCACGCGCUCGGAGAAACAGUGCCGCUCCAAAUGGCUCAACUACCUGAACUGGAAACAGAGCGGAGGCACAGAGUGGACCAAAGAGGACGAUAUCAACCUCAUCCGCAGUGUGUGCAGGAUCAUUGAGCUGGUGGUGGAAGAUGAGAACGAAAUAAACUGGGAUAUUUUGGCUGAGGGAUGGAGCAGCGUUCGCUCUCCUCAGUGGCUCCGGAGCAAAUGGUGGACCAUUAAAAGACAAGUGGCCAACCACAAAGACCUUCCGUUUCCUGUCUUGCUGAAAGGACUGCAGGAUGUUGUGGAAGCUCCGUCGUCCACAGUGAAUAAAGUGGUGGUGGUGGGCUCGCGCUCCGUUCACGCCUCGUCCAGCCCAGUCACCGCGUUACAGAUCCCCGUACAGAUCCCUGUACAGAUCACACACGUCUCUUCUUCAGACAACACGAGCGGGAGCUCUGAAAGCGGGACGAUUACACUGAACCCCGGCGCGCUGCAGACGUUUGAACUUCUGCCAUCCUUCCACUUGCAGCCCACCGGCACCCCUGGUACCUAUUACCUCCAGACGGGGUCCAAUCAGGGCCUUCCGCUCACACUCUCCGCCAAUUCCACCGUUACACUCGCAGCCGCCGGAUCGCCUGGCUCACCAGAGCAGAUCAUCUUACACAGCCUCGGCGGAGACGGCCUGAGCGACAACGUUACAGUGCAAAUGUCUCACCCUGGGAUCAUAAUCCAGACAGUGACAUCAGAAGACCUUCCCGACCCUCUUGACCAAUCAGAGUUGACGCCAGAGCAGGACUUGGCCAACGAAGAGGCUGCCGAGGGGCCGGAGUGCUCGAAGGAAGGGGACGAGUCGAGUGAGCAAAGCUCUAAAGACAUGCAAGAGGACUCGGCAGAUAAGAGUUCGAAAUUAAAGGAGGACGCGGUGAACAGUGGGAUAGGUGACGGCGCGGUGCUAAUCGUCCCAUCACCGAGCAGCUUCAUCCCGGCCGGCGACAUCACCACCGACUCUGUCCUUCCCGUCGGUACACUGACAGAUCCCAUUCUGCAGAACCAGGAGGACGGCUCAGACUGACGAGCGCCUGUACGGCGGCCAUCAUGGAACCGUGCUGUCAGUUUUGUGCGUCUAAUGCGAGAGAACAUUGGGUGUUUGUGGGUAAACAAGCCACCCUUCUCAAUACAUCCUGCUGUAGAGGGCAAGUAUUAUCGUGAAGGCCAUGUGGUGUGAGCUGGGAGAGUCAGAAACGUGUGCGCAUCACAGGGAGCGCACACACACACACACACACACAUACACACGUUUACUUCUAUGGAUCUGUAUAAUGUCAGAAUAUUUGUAGAUCUGUACACGUAAUGCAAUUAUGGACAAAGUGCAUUCAUAGAACUUUUUUUUUUUUUAUGGUUCACUGAAGAAAAGCAUUACACUGAAAUCGGACUAUUUUAACAGACAUCUGAGUACGGCUUUCUCAUUCACAUUUUAUGAAACUUGCACUGUUUCCAUGUUCGAUUAUGAUCACGUGUUAGCCAAGAGCCAAACGUCGGCUUGUGCGGACAGAUGUUUAUUUAUCAAAGGGUUACUUUUUCUAUGUGAGUGUAUGGUCUUGUGUUUAUUUAUUGAAUAAACAAAAUGUUAUUCACCGUGUUCUGCAUUACUGCCGUUUCUUCAAAAAAAAAAAAAAAAAAAAAAAGCAUUUAUAUAUUUUAAAGAUGUUCUUGUCCUGCUUGGUUUUCAUAUGAGAAAUUUGAGUUCGGUUUUAUUACAUAUAACGUAUCCAGAUAGAUCCGGUCUGAAAUGGAAUGAAGAACUUUAUGGUUGAAAUCAUCAUCAUUUUCACGACUAUACACCCAUCAGCCAUAACAUUAAAACCACCUGCCUAAUGUUGUGUACAGUGGUGCUUGAAAGUUUGUGAACCCUUUACAGUUUUCUAUAUAUCUGAAUAAAUAUGUCUUAAAACAUCAGAUUUUCACACAAGUACUAAAAGUAGACAAAGAGAACCAAAUUAAACAAAUGAGACUAAAAUAUACUUGGUCAUUUAUUUGUUGAGGAAAAUGAUCCAAUAUUACAUAUCUGUGAGUGGCAAAAGUAUGUGAA